AGUUUCUGUUUAGUUUCGGUUACGGUGCCUGGUUCUUACAUUUUACCGCAACUUUCCACUAACGUGUGGUCUAAUGCGGUUAAUACGUGUAUUAAAUGAUACCCAUCUCGCGGUACAGGAGAUAAUUGCUCCGCGUAAAAAUCCCGCGGUUUGCGUGUACAUUCGAUAUAUCAGCCAAGGUCUCUCGACCUACUCAAGGGGCGCACCUUGACUUUAAAAAAAAUAAUUAAAGGAGAGUAGCAUCGCUCUCGAGCCCGUUCAGCUCCGUUAGUCGUUUAAUUGGAGGCUGAAUGUACGCAUAGAAGUGCGUGCAUCGCUCCGAGCGCAAGGUUAAAUUGUGGAACUGUAAACAAACCGACCUGACGUUAUGUAAUAGAUUUUGCUGUUACCAGCAAUUUAUUUCUGAGUAAGGAAGGGAAAAUUAACGCCCCUUUGCGGUUGCAGAGUGGGCCAUCGAUUGUACGGAUUUUCAGAUAGGCACCAAACAUCGAGUUACUCGACACUGAAUGGUGUAAGAAAUGGAGGAUUAUACUCCGGUAGACGAGGACUUCCCUGGUCGUCUGUUACACCAAGCAGCUCUUUGGGACAAUGCGGAGCUUUUGGAAGACCUCCUGCGAGGCGAGCACGCUCAGUACAUCAAUAAGCAGGACUCCUGGGGCCGAACGCCGCUGCAUGCCGCAGCUAUCACGGAGAACUCCCGAUGCCUCGGAGUUCUUUUGUGUGCUGGAGCAAAUCCUAACAUCCCGUGUGGCCCUAGGGGCCGCUAUCGAACUCCUUUGCACGUCUGCACGGAACAUGGGCACAGUUCCAACGUGGAGACGUUGUUACGGUACAAUGUAGACUUAAUGGUUCGAGAUGACAGCGGGCUGACUCCUUUGGAUAUUUCUGAGAAGAGCGAGCAUUCAAGGUGCAUCGAGCUGCUAAAACUUGCUGCAGAAAAAUAUGAACUAGCAAGACUAGCUACGCAUGCCUCUUUGCGGGCUGCUUGCAUUCAGGGUGACACGAUCCAAGCUAGAGGUAUUAUUCAAAGUCUGUCCGACGACUCGGAGUGCAUAGUUAAUAUGGCUCCUAACGGUGCUAAUACCUUGCUCUUUGUGGCCUGCGAAAUGGGCCACAAGGACAUGGUACGGCUUCUACUGGACCACGGUGCGGACUGCAGGAUGCACCCAGUGACCAAGUACUGCCCUCUCUACAUAGCGUGCUACAAUGGAAAGUCAGAAAUAGUGGAACUACUGCUCAAACACUUUCCCAAGCAAGUGCAGUCCCUGACCGUGGAGAGAUGGCUACCGAUUCAUGCUGCAACCAUCAAUGGUCACAUCGGUAUCGUAGACUCCCUCCUGAAGUUCGAGUAUCCCCAGCACCUUUAUCAGAGAUACAAAGACCCCUCCGGGGAAUUCGAGUACGAGAUGCCCUUCGACGUCAACUCUCAGGACGUGACAGGUCAGAACGUUUUAUACAUAGCCAGUAUGCUGGGAAACACGAAAGUGGUCGACCUGUUUCUCGGCUACCGGGUCAAGGCAAGGAAAAUCAAAGAAGACGACACGGGGAACUCGCAGCUUCUACCUACGUCCAAACACCGAAUCUCUAGCGGGAUUCAAAGACUCAUGUCCAGCCUGAAUUUCCGAGGGAAGUCUCUGGACAAGAAGGACGACAACGCGAUCAGCCCUGUGCAUCUGGACCUGUAUUGCAACAACAACACGGAGACCGCGUUGCACGCAGCGGUGAAGGCCAGACACACCGAGGUGGUCUCCGCUCUCUUGCUAGCCGGUGCUAACCCGAAUCUGCCCGUGCGAGUGCCCUACGACCGCACCGACCCGGAGGUCGACUUCUCGACGGUGCUGACGAUAGCCUGCCAGAACCGCGACGUCAAGAUCGCGGACCUUCUGCUGCGCCACGGAGCCGUGGACAACGAGUGCAAGGCCCUGAAGAUCGCGGCUCAGAACAGAGACGAGACCCUCACGGCGAAGCUCUUGUCGAUAAAGGCACACCCCGACCCCGAGUACAAGAUCAACAAAAAAGCGAUGACGGACAACGGCCAGACCUCCUCUCAUUUUUCCGCUCUCCCCAGUUUCGGGAACGUCACCUACUCCUCGCUGUUCCCCAACAUCCCGACGAUGAUCAACUGGCACGACCAGCAGUGUCGGCUCUCGCAGAUCCGGGCCCAGUGGCUGGUGGACGCGGUGCUGCACGUCAACAGGAAGCUGGCCCCGAAGAACAACGACCUGGCCCUGUACGCCAUCACCAGGUUGGAUAUCUCCCACAACUCGAUUACGUCGGUGCCGUCCGUGGUGUUCUACCUGCAGAGUCUCAAGUACCUGAACAUGGCUCAGAACAAGAUAGACACCCUGACCGCGGAGGCGAAGAGCCCCAAGGACAAGCUGUGCCCGGUCCUGGAGGAGAUCUACCUGCAGGACAACCGGUUGGAGCAGAUCCCAGAGUUUCUCAUGACCUUGCCGUCGCUGGAGAUCAUGGAUGUGUCGAACAACAAACUGCAGCGGCUCCCGGACAACCUAUGGAGGGCGCCGAAGCUGAAGGAGCUAAACGCCUCGUUCAACCUACUGCGCGACCUGCCGAGCCAGGCAUCCCAAAACAUCACCAGGAAGUCGCAGCGCGAGGACAUCCUGACGAGCAGUCCCAGCAGUCGGAGCCUCGCCUCGCACGCCGGCAUGGCUCGAGAGGACUCCAUGGAGCUGAGCACUUUCGCCAAGCUGGCCAACGCCCAGGUCGUCGAGAUGAACCGGCCGCACGUCUGGACGGGGUCCGUCCAGGUGUCAGAGAAGGUCGCGGACGACACGGAGCCAGGCUCCAGGUCGGUCUUGACCUCCUUGAACCUGGCGCACAACCUCUUCACCGCCAUCCCGGUGUCCUUGCCCUGUCUGGCCGUGAGCCUGGUGCGACUCAACAUGGCGUACAACUCGCUGAGGUCGAUGAGCCACAUCACGUCCUACCCGGCGACCCUGAAGCAGCUGGACCUCUCCAACAACCGGAUCACCUGCUGGCCGAGUCUGCCGCAGGUCGAGGGCGCCGACUCCAUGGAACAGGCGACCACGGCCUGCUACUGCCCGACCUCGAACAUCCAGUCCCCCGUGGGGCCGAGCAAUCGACAGACCGUCACCUCCUUGAGAGACGUCGUCCUGAUGUCCGUCUGCAACCACCGGCGACACCUGCGGCUGGAGAACCUUAGGACUCUGGUGCUUGCCAACAACCUGCUGACCAGGAUCCAACUCACCUCCGUGGACGACGGAGAGGCGCCCGGCCCCGAGGAGGACAGCAUCGACCGGGACACCAAGAUCACCUACUCGGGGUGUAAGCUGUACCUCCUCUUCCCCAACGUCAGCAUGUUGGACGUCAGCAACAACCAGCUCAGGGAGAUACCGCAUAAUAUUUACGAGCUGAACAACCUUUCCGUUCUCAACAUCAGCGGGAACUGUGAUAUCGUCGAGCUGCCCCCGCAGAUGGGGCUGCUGUCGAGACUGUGGAACCUGAACACUCAGGGCUGCAGACUGCAGGAGCCCCUGAAGUCCAUGAUCGAGUCCAAGAAGUACAAAACCAUGGACGUGAUCGGGUACCUGAAGUCGGUGCUCGAGGACGCCAAGCCUUACGCCAGGAUGAAGCUGAUGAUCGUGGGGAUCCAGGGCAUCGGCAAGACCAGCCUGCUGGAGCAGCUGCGACAGGAGGGCGAGGUGCCCAACAAGAAGAAGGCCUCCGAGCACUGGGCCAAGCGCAUGGGGAACAAGAACACGAACGCCAAGACCGCGAGAGGGACAACCAUCUCCACCGUUGGCGUCGACAUCGGCGAUUGGCUCUAUGAGAAGAAGGUAAGGGGUCAGUCCUCCCACGGGCCGGUCUACUUCAGAACCUGGGACUUCGGCGGACAGAAGGAGUACUACGCCACCCACCAGUACUUCCUCUCGAAGCGCAGCCUCUACCUCGUGGUCUGGCGCAUCACCGACGGCUUCAAGGGCGUCUCCGAGAUAUUUCAAUGGCUCGUCAACAUCCAGAGCAGGGCGCCCAACUCGCCCGUCGUUAUCGUCGGCACCCACUACGACGUCUCGAACGACCGCAGCGAGACUCUUCAGCAGUACAUCCGCGACAAGUUCAUCAACGUCGUCGACGCGGAGAAGUGCGGCCUCCCGAAGGUGAUGGAGACCAUCGAGGUCAGCUGCAAGACCAGGCACAACAUCAAGAUGCUGUGCAAUUUAAUUUAUGAUGUCGUAUUCAGCUUGAAGUCCCCGGGGAGCAAGGAGCUGCUGCUGGAGCAGCGGGUGCCGGCGAGUUACCUGGCCCUGGAGGACGUGGUGGUGCAGCUGGCGCACGAGAGGAAGCUCUCCGGCGCCGACCCGGUCCUCAAGGCUGAUCAGUACUACGCAGCGGUGAACAACGAGCUGCAGAAGCUGCACCGGUCCUUCAGGGACCCCGCCGAACUGCACCAGGCCACGUUGUUCCUUCACGACAACGGCAUCAUUCUGCACUACGACGACGCGACCCUGAAGGACCUCUACUUCCUGGAUCCCCAAUGGCUCUGCGACAUGCUGGCCCACGUGGUGACCAUCAGGGAGAUCAACCCCUUCGCUCGCUCCGGGAUCAUGAAGCUGGACGACAUCCAGCACGUCUUCAAGUCCUCGACGAUAUCUACGAUGGACACCCAAGGUUACAUCGUCAGCCUGCUGAAUAAAUUUGAGGUGGCGCUGACCUGGGACUACCGCACCCUGCUGAUACCCUCGCUGCUUCCCACGGAGGAGGACGUCUUCAGGAACAAUCAGCUCAUCAAGGUGCCGGUGAAGACGCGGGGCUGGCACGUGAGAACCAAGAAGAUAGCCUCGCCCAUGUUCACCUUCCCCAGCGCCAGCGGAGACACGAUGAACACGGAGUGCGUCCUGUCCUCCAGGCCGCAGGCGGACUGCUCGGUCACCAGGUUGCUGCUCAUGUCAUACUUCCCCAGCGGAUUCUGGUCGAGGCUCAUCACCAGGAUCCUCGCGGACGACGCCAUAGUCGAGAUAGUUAUGUCCUUCCUGGCGCCUUUCAAGGAUUUCGUCGAGGACAGGAUCUUUGCGAGUCUGCUGGACACCCACGCGGAGUGGAUCCUCUGGCAGACCGGGAUAGAGCUCCGGUACGCCGGAAUAACCCUGCUCAGGCUCAAGGAGGUCAACUGCGGGGUCAAAAGCUCGCCCUACGACUAUCGGCAGUUCAAGUUCAAGCUGAAGCAGGACGGUAUCUGGUGCACGGUGGACCUGAAGAACUCGGCCAUCCUGGAGAUCUGGUUCCCCGUGGACACGCUGGUCGUGAAGCAGCCCAUAAUGUCGGAGUCCGGAGGAGACGAGCCUAUGGGGUACCAGGCCAUCGUGGUGGAGCCGCGACCGGAGAGCAUGCCUCAGCUCCUGGCGCUGAUCGUGGACCACAUAGAUAUUCUCCUGGAGGACUGGUACCCCACCCUGGGCACCAGGUUCGUCCACACCUCCGAAGGGAAGCUUCUGGUCACUCGAUUGAUACCCUGCCCCAGGUGCCUGCUGAACGGCGGAGACGCCGAGGUCGAGGCCCACGACCAGGAGCACUCGACCGAGGACAUCCACGGGUACUAUGUGAACAAGGAGCGCCAGAGCCAGGACAGCUACAAGUCGGACGGCGACAGCGGGGUGGGCUACGACAGCUCCGCGUCCAGCAGGAUGCCUUCCUUGGAAGGACACCCCGAGGUGGGCGAACGGCAGGCGGAGGGCACGCUCGUGUACUCCUGGAUGGUAGAGGAGUGCAUCCUCUCGGCCUACGGCAACAAGUCCAUCUCGUGUCCCAAGCACUCGGACAUCCCUCUGUCCCACGUGGCGCCGGAUAUCAUCUUCAUGGACCUGGGGGCGAGACACCUCAUCCGGCCGGAGGACGUGAAGAGAGGGAAGAUGCUGGGCAGGGGGGCCUUCGGGUUCGUCUUCAAGGGUACCUGCAGAUUGCCCGGAACGUACGCCAAGGCGGACGUCGCCAUGAAGAUGCUGCAGCCGGUUCCUCCCGGACCCAACUCCAAGCAGUCGGCGAUCCUGGCCUACAAGGCCGCCCAGAGCAAGUGGGACAGAGAUCCUCUUCAGUACGCGUGCAAGGCUUAUUGCACCGCCAGGCAGGAGCUCAACAUCCUGCUCACCUUGAGGCACUCCAACAUCGUUCCUCUGGUAGGGAUAGUGAUAAGUCCUCUGGCUCUAGUCUUAGACCUGGCUCCGGAAGGGGCGCUGGACACCGCCCUCAAGAACUACCGCAGGUCCGGGGCGAAGCUAGACCCUUACACGCUGCAGGCCAUCGUCCUUCAGGUCGCAAAAGCGGUCGAGUACCUGCACCAACAGCACGUCAUCUACAGAGACCUGAAGUCGGAGAACGUCCUGGUGUGGCAAAUGCCUCUGCCUUUCCAGGACCAUCCCGAGCAUCCGGUGCACGUCAAGGUCGCGGAUUACGGGAUCUCCAGGUUGACUCUGCCCUCGGGGGCAAAGGGCUUCGGCGGGACCGAGGGCUUCAUGGCGCCCGAGAUCAUCAGGUACAACGGGGAGGAGGAAUACACCGAGAAGGUGGACUCCUUCUCCUUUGGCAUGUUCAUCUACGAAUUGGUGACCCUGCGCCAGCCCUUCGAGGGCCACGAGGCGGUCAAGGAGUGCAUCCUCGAGGGCGGUCGACCACCGCUCACCUACCGAGAUACCUUCCAUCCCUGCUACGCCCUGGACCUGAUGGUCAUCUGCUGGGCCCAGAACCCGAAGGACCGGCCCACGGCCAGCCAGAUAGUGUCCAUAGCCUCGGCCCCGGAGUUCGUCCACCUGAUCGACGUGACCGUGCUGACGGAGAGGACCCAGGUGACCGCCAUCACGGUGACCAGCCGACCGCUGGAGGACAACAGCGGCGGCGACGAGGUUUGGCUGGGGCACAACAACGGCGAGGUCGACAUGCUGCUGGGCACCCAGAAGGGCUGGCUCCAGCACGUGCGCAUCCAGACCCCGGUAAUACCCUACGCGAUGUGCGGCCUCGACGGCUACAUCUGGAUCGGCGACAACGCCGGCCAGAUUCACGUCUACCUGGGCAGCAACUUCGGCUGCGUCGGCAGCUACCACAUGGAGCCGGAUCGCAACAAGGAGUCCAAGGUCGUCGGCCUGAUCCACCUGGAGCCCAUGAAGCAGUUCGCGGUCGCCCUCCACAGCGGGAAGAUAUUCCUCCUCUCCAGCUCCUUCACGCAGCUAAGGAAGACCGAGGUCGUAACCGAGGUCGAGGAGAACCUGAAGACCUACUCCCUGGCGGCGGUCUACCGGAAGCGGCGAGUUCUCGAGCUCUGGGCCGGACAGAGCUUCGGCAGGAUCUCGGUCUACGUCCUUAAAGACGGAAGCUUGAUCGAGACCGCCGUCCUGGCCCACGUCCCCGGCGAGACCGCCUCGAAGAACCUAUUCGCCACGUAUCUGCUCAGCACCGAGAACUCCGUCCUGUCCUACACCUAUCCCGGCUGCGUGGUGCACCAGUGGGACCUGGACACCAGGCAGAUAGUCAACAAGCUGGACAUGUCGAAGCUGGUCCCGUGCUCGGAGAGCCUCAAGUCCAUCUCCAUCGAGGAGAACCUGACCACCGAGCGGUGCCAGGUCACCGCCUUCGAGACCUGCAUGAAUCAGCUGUACAUAGGCACCACCUGGGGCUGCAUCGUCGCCGCGGAGUGCAACACCCUGAGACCCAUCACCGUCUUCAGGCCCUUCGAGGGCAAGGUCUGCCAGAUCAUCUCCUUCAGGUCCUCCGAUAAAAAGAAACUCGUCCUGGCGACCGUCGGACAGGGAUACAGGAGCCUGAUCUCCAGGUACACCGAGUUCCCCGUCGACAGCCUCGAGGCCGAGGAUCUUAGGCAUAACAUGUACAUCCUGCUGUGGCGAUCCGAGCAUUGGUCGGCUGCCUGAAACCGAAGGCAGUAGAGUAGAGACGCCGUUGUGAUAUUUAGCCUGAGAUUAGCGAACUCCUUUCACGAACGGAGGAGAAGUCAAGUUCACGAGCGCGAUACGAAUGCUCGUCAUGGUCGGCCAUGGUUGGUUAUUGGUACCAUUCGUCCAUUUUAGAUAAGAGUUAGAUAAGGUCUCGUAGUCUUUAAGCUUCCCGGCUUGCCUUGGGUAUACGUAGUUUUUUUAAUCCGGUCGAGGACUCCGACCUUUCGGACCCUGCUUACCUGGGCACUCGAAGGUACUCUUUUAUUUUAACGGACCGAUUGGGGCUUAACGCGCCAGUUAAUUCCUCCCUAAUUACGGGAUAGUACCUUUGAAUUUUCGGAGGCGCCAUUGGAGGAGGGUCAUAGAGAUUUUAUAGUUUAAGGUUCUAGUCUGGAUGAAGCUAGGCCACUCAAAUUCAGGGAUACUCCGAGGUUCAAAGUAGUCGAAGAUAGAAUUUCGAGAAGUCUAGGGUCCCUAUCGCGGCACUUCGAGGUCGUAAGUUCCAAGCCAGUUCUCUUGAUUACUUAAAUUUUUUUUUCUUUUCUUUUUCUGACGGAAGUGGUAGUCGUCGUAGUUUUGUAAAAUCCUCUCGCGGUGCUACUUGUAUCCCUUUUGCCGAUUCCACGAGUAUAUUUUUGGAAUCGUUUCUUUUCGCUAUUUAAGCGAAACUAGGUUAACUCGAGUCACGUCCACGCGCGAACAUCAAUUACCCCGAUUACGUCCUGAUUAUUGAGAGCAUUUAAUUGCUCCGUUUUAUAAGUUUCCUAUUAAGAACCGUCGCGUCCCGAUGCAUUGAUCAGUAAUGUGAUAUGUACUUGUAAGUGUAACGGGCCCUGUGUUAGACAAGGUGCACCGUUCCGUGAAAGUUCGUCGCUAUUAAUUAUGUAUAAUAUUACGUGUACAGCAAAAGUGGGCAAAUUGUGGAUAUCGACCCUUUGAGCACAACUAGUAGGGCUUUGAUUUGCCGUAUCGCUUAAAAGGGUUUAACGGUUGAAUUAUCAUUUACUUGCAAGAUCAGUUGACGUAGGAAUAAUUAAAUGGCAAAAAUCAUGGUAUGUCAAGGACGUCCGAUCGGGUCCAUCGCUGUAUAAUUUUACUCGUUGCUGUUGAUUUUACGUAUUUACGCAGCAGAUUUCUUUAUAUUCUUAGAACGCUCUUAUAAGCUAUUUUUUAAACGUACAUUCCUUUACGCUUUUUUAUCGCGAUUUGGUGCAGAUCUUGCUUUUAACGUUGUAUUAGAAGUUCACUGUACAUUAUUUUAUGACGGUCACUUGGAUAAAUGUUUUGCAACGUCGAGUCACUGCUAGAGCAUACUUAUUGUAUUUUUUACAUUGAAUCGUGAGUCUACGUGGAAAUCAUUAUUUUUUUGUUUUAUUUGUGAGUCUUUCCGUAUUUGUCGCUGGGGUUGUCUAAUCGAUACCUGUAAAUAUGUACACUGGAACCCUCUCUGGGACUCGUCUUUGUUGGUUGUAUUAACAUUGUGAAAUAUAAAAUUGUUACACCAUA